AUGCCAUGUCCUCCUCCUCGAGAUAUUGCUGCCGGCCAGCAUGUGCUGAGGCUCCGUCACACUAGCUCAAAGGUGUGGUCCGACAUCCGGGGCGCCAUCAAGGCAAUCGGGAGAAGCAGUAACGGCAGCAUAACUCCUAAGGAUAUCCUUAGAAAGCUACGGCUCAAACACCCAGCUCUAGCUUCAAACACUACGGUUGUGCUUCGAACGCCUCCCCUCCGGGGUCGAAGUUCACUCCAAGCUCUAACCAGCGUCCACUUCCCAUCAUCCAGCGAGCUCGGUUCGUCGCACUCUUCAAAUGAGACAAGCAAGAUGUCCACUGCCGCUGACGAGUCAACACGAAAGACUUCGGUGGACUCGCGAUUCUCGUGUUCGACCAAACCCACAGCAAACAGACGGCAUAGCAGGCGAAAUCCAUGGACACGAUCAAGCCCAGAGGGCGGUGCUCUUAAUACCAUACAGGAGUCGGGUAUCUCUUUGGCGCAACCUACCGUCGAGACCGUAGAGAGAGCUGCCGCUGCCAAGAUCUACCUGGAGACGAAGUUCAACGAGUUGCUGCACAAGCCCAACACGCGAGGAGUCCGGCGACAGUAUCUCGAGUCCCAGCUCUACUACAGCCCUCACCUUACCCUGGAGCAGAAACAAGCCAUUUACGAGUCCUUCAACAACCAAGAGACAUGGCACCUGAGAGAAAUACGGGUGAUGAAAUCACAAAGUCUUGCCGUUGGGAGGGAGGAAUCGGCUUGUCCGUACCUCGACCAUUACGAGCCCCUCCAAGUCUUGGGAAAGGGAAGCUUUGGGGUUGUCCGGCUGGUUCGGGAGAAGCAUGCCACAGGACACACAUUUUCAAGACAAGUGUAUGCGAUGAAAGUGAUUCGAAAGUCCGAAAUGCUGCGAAGUUGCCAAGAGGGCCACUUGAGGGCUGAGAGAGACUUCCUUGUCGCGUCCGAGGGAUCGAACUGGGUUGUUCCCUUAAUAUCCAGCUUUCAAGACACCAAUCAUCUCUACUUGGUGAUGGAAUACAUGCCAGGCGGGGACUUUCUGGGGCUAUUAAUCCGGGAAAAUAUUCUCCAUGAAUCUGUUGCGCGCUUCUACAUAGCUGAGAUGAUCUUGGCUGUCGAAGAAGCACACCGCCUUAAAUUCAUUCAUCGAGAUAUCAAACCGGACAACUUUCUCAUCUCCGCAUCAGGACAUCUCAAGAUCUCAGAUUUUGGCCUUGCCUUCGAUGGCCACUGGUCCCAUGACGCCUCGUACUAUAAUUGCCACCGGUAUUCGUUGGUUCGAAAGCUUGGGAUCAAUGUUAGCGGAGAUGAAGUUGACCAAAAGAGCAACCGCGGGAUGCUGACACAGUUCGAAUGGUACAAAUCACUCGUCGAGGGCCUGGAGCGGCACGGAAAGUUUCCCAUCGAUGCGGACGAAGACCUUGAGGACCUCGUCGGUUGGAGAAACCAGCAUGGAAACCGCACGGCCGCGAAUUCCGUUGUCGGAACGAGCCAGUACAUGGCCCCUGAAGUUGAAGGACGGAAACAAACCAAGCGGAAUAUUCAGGAUUACAAGAGUCACUUCUACUUUCCCCAGAGACCCCUCGCCAGCGAUAAAUGUAAAGAUUUGAUAUUCCGUCUGAUGCAAGACAAGGAACAUCGGCUCUGCUCAAGAAGAUACUAUAUGAAGGACCGCAGUCAACCUGAUGGCUCCCGAUUCAGGGACUUCUUUGGGCGGCAUGUCUUCCCAGACGAUGCAGAGGAUAUCAAGUCGCACCGCUGGUUCAAGAACGUACCUUGGGACCGCCUGCAGACAAUAACUCCCCCGUUCAUCCCAAAUAUCGAGGGCGCAGAUGAUACACACUAUUUCGAUGAAUCAGAUAUCAUCGACGAUUGGUCGGAGUCGUCGCCCUCAGGGGCUAUCUUGACCCCUGAAGAUGUACGGCAAGUGUUGCGUGACUUCGAGCCGCGGGUACAGAGCCAAGCGGUUAAGCUCAUUGAAUCUCCAUUCGACUCGACGAAGCUACGGAAGAUGGACCGUCAGAUCGAGGAGUCGCGGGAGCUGAGGUUGGAAGAGAAGGAGAUGCUUAAGCACUUUGUGAGGCUAUAUGGCCAGAAAGAGCGCAAGCGACCUAGGGAUAUUUUGCUGCGGGACAAUAAUAUCAAGGACGGCGUAAUGGACAUCAGAAAGAAAACGGCCUUUAUGGGCUACACUUGGCGGAGGAUGAGACCAGGGGGUUAUACGGCCACGAGAGUGACCGACUGAGGGCGGAUGGCUACUGAAAUGCUCGUCUAACGAGCAACGAGGGGCGAGACAAGACUCGAAAGGCGGCCAUGAAGCCGAUUAUGAAUAACAGUAGUA